CGCACGGCCCGCACCUGCCGGGGCGACCUCGCCUACCACUCGGCCGUCCAUGGCAUCGAGGACCUCAUGAGCCAGCACAACUGCUCCAAGGAUGGUCCCACGUCGCAGCCGCAUGUGCGCACGCUGCCGCCACCAGGGGACAGCCAGGAGCGCUCCGACAGCCCCGAGAUCUGUCACUACGAGAAGAGCUUCCACAAGCACGCGGCCGCACCCAACUACACGCACUGCGGCCUCUUCGGGGACCCGCACCUCCGGACUUUCACAGAUCGCUUCCAGACCUGCAAGGUGCAGGGCGCCUGGCCGCUCAUCGACAAUAAUUACCUGAACGUGCAGGUCACCAACACGCCGGUGCUGCCGGGCUCUGCAGCCACUGCCACCAGCAAGCUCACCAUCAUCUUCAAGAACUUCCAGGAGUGUGUGGACCAGAAGGUGUACCAGGCUGAGAUGGAUGAGCUCCCGGCUGCCUUCGCCGACGGCUCCAAGAAUGGCGGGGACAAGCAUGGGGCCAACAGCCUGAAGAUCACGGAGAAGGUGUCGGGCCAGCACGUGGAGAUCCAGGCCAAGUACAUUGGCACCACCAUCGUGGUCCGCCAGGUGGGCCGCUACCUGACUUUCGCGGUCCGCAUGCCCGAGGAGGUGGUCAACGCCGUGGAAGACCGGGACAGCCAGGGCCUCUACCUCUGCCUGCGGGGCUGCCCCCUCAACCAGCAGAUCGACUUCCAGGCCUUCCACGCCGAGAGCCCCGGUGCCCGCAGGCCGCCGGCCGCUAGCCCCGCCCCAGCGGCCCCCGACACCUUCCCGUACGAGACGGCCGUGGCCAAGUGUAAGGAGAAGCUGCCCGUGGAGGACCUCUACUACCAGGCCUGCGUUUUCGACCUGCUCACCACGGGAGACGUGAACUUCACCCUGGCCGCCUACUACGCGCUGGAGGACGUCAAGAUGCUCCACUCCAACAAGGACAAGUUGCACCUGUACGAGAGGACUCGGGAGCCCCCGGGCCGGGCAGCCUCUGCGGGGCCGCCCUCGGCCCCCCGGCCCCUCUUCAGCAGCCUCUUGCUCCUGACUCUGCUCCCUGCGCUCUUGGAGGCUGUGUAGGAUGGAGAGCCAGGCGUCCCUAAGCUGGUCGGCGGCUGCACGCGAGAGCUGGUGGCCCCACACUCCCUGCAGGGGUCUGGAACCCAGCCAGCCACAUGGGACGGUUACCUCCGAGCUGCCUGGGGCUGCCUGCUGGCAAGGGCUGGGGGCAUGGGGCAUCCCCUCCCCUCCCCGGGGCCCGUGACAAGGUUGUGGUGACCGGUGCUGUGAUGUUUGUGACAGUAGAGCUGUGCAGAGGGAGAGCUGCUCCUCUCCGCCUGCCCCGCCGUGUGAAUGUGCAAAUCAGAGCCCCUCAGGCCCAAGCCCCCGCCCGAAGCCCCCACCCCGCCAGAGACACUGGGCGUGGGCAGAGUCGAGCUGCCCCCACCCCUCGCAAUGCACUGAAACAGGCCCGGCUGACUGCUGCACGCGCAUCCUGGGGCCGCCUGCGCCCGCGCCCACGCACACACUCACACACACUCGCACACAGGAAGCCAGGGUCUGAGGCAGCCUCAGGGCUGGACCCCCCUGGGCAGGCAGGGCAUCCUUUCCCCUUGGGCUUGAGGACACCCCCAGGGCUUGCUGAGCAUCGUUAGGAAACUGAUAGAACCCUUAGGCCAAAAGGUUGUGCCCUCCCGGUGCCUUCCUGCCCGUGGCCUCCCUGAGAGCCAGGGAGAGACCACCGUGUGCGCCCCGGAUGCUGUGGGUGCGGGUUCAGCCCUGCAGGUGGAGGACAACGCAUGCUGGCACGUGCUCUGAGCGAUGGCCCUUCCCCAACCCUCCUGUCCCCUGGCCCCUACUGUUCUAAGGAAGUCGAGUCUUUGUUUCUAAAUGUCUAAACAGAGAACUGCUCCCUUGAUUUCUGUUCCUUCCUCUCCAGCAGGUGGCAGGAGCCUGUGGGCGGCGGGGCUGGGGCCACAGGGUGUGGGCUGGAGACCCAGUGGAUAGGGCCAGCUGGCCUGCCCUGAUCCUCUGCUGUCUCCUCACCUGCCUCUCAGAGCCCCCCCCCCGACAUUGUCCACCCAGGUCUGCAUUCUGGAGAGAGGAGCAGGUUCUGGAAGGGGUCUCAGCCCUUAGCAUCCCUGGCAGGGUCUCCUCCAUCUCAGCCUUCCCCUUAAGCCCAGUGGCCACACAACCAGGAGUCUUGCCGCUGGGCCUGGCUCCAGCCUCUUGUCAGCCAGGCUGCCCGUCCCAGGAGCCCCGAACCAGCCCCACCUCUGCUGCUGUUUCAGAGAACCCCAGGGACCAGCACUGGGCUGGGCUCCACUCCCAAAGGUACGGCCGGGCCCCAGAGGGCGAUCCUUCCAGAAGCCCCCACAGGCCCACACUGUCCCCACCCGCCCGCCACAUCCCCGGCAGCCUCUCUGCUGUUCCCCCGGGACCUCUCAUACACUGGCCCAGGAGGCUGCGGACGUCCCUGCCUCCCCCUCCAAGAGGUCCUCUCUCCCUGCCAAGCUGUGGGUGUGGGCGGUGGGCAGGCAGGUGGGUGGGAGGCGUGGCCUGGCCCCUCCCUGCUGGUUUUUAGAUGGUCCCUCUGUCGGAAGUCAAAAGUGAAGCACUUUAUUUUGGUUGUGUUUGAUCGAGUUCUGCUUGGAAGUGGGGACCCCUCACUGUGUCCUGUGUCUGCGACCUGUGUGGAGUGUCACCACAUGUACAUACUGUAAAUUAUUUAUUAAUGGCUAAAUGCAAGUAAAGUUUGGGUUUUGUUUUGUUAUUUUC